AUGGCCACCACUUUCGCCCAGCACCCUCAACCUCUGCAGUCGCCCACCUACAUCUACACCAGCCAGCCUCAGUAUGGCGAUUCGACCACUCCUCCCUCAAACAAUGUCUCUCCAUCCAGCCGCUCCGCCUACAUGCACGCCAAGCAGGUUCGCCAGCCAAAGCAGCCUCUCUACAUCCCUGCAGUCCUGCGCCCCACAGAAUUGCCUGGUUCGAGACAAACGUCUUUGACCCCUCCCCGCAGCGCACACAGCAGCAUGGACAUGUCCAGCGAUGGUUUCAAGUUCGACGACUCCAGAUCUUUCGGUCCCUGGGGUCCUGCCAGCAUCUCGCGAGUAGUCUCCGACGAAUGGAACGAGACCAAGAGUGCCGUCACUGGUGCACCCACCAGAAAUCACUGGAAGCCUGACAGCACCGCUGCUCAGUGCAAGUCCUCAACAUGCACUCGUCCUUUCUCCAUGCUCAACCGUCGUCAUCACUGCCGUCGCUGUGGAGACAUCUUCUGCAGCAGUCACAGCCCUCAUGCUAUUCCUCUCGAUCAAGAAGCUCGCUUCCACCCCGAGGGUACUCUCCAGCGUGCUUGCGACAACUGCUGGACCGACUACCGUGCAUGGCGCGCUGUUCGUCCUUCGCGUACCAACAGUGUCACUAGCAGAGACAGCAACGAAACCAUGUUCACUCAGCCCGUCGGCGUUCCCAACCAGAACAAGUCUUCUGGAGAACAACAGCCCAUCGGCAGCGUCGCUCAGUCCGUUGGCGGCAACUGGAACUGGAGCACCUUUUAA